AUGUCAAAUGAAACAGCGUCUAUGAGAGAAAUACAACACAACCGACAACUCAUUAUGCAAGCUCUAAAUAAGAACACAACAAACUUUUCAAACUAUUCUAAGAUAUCUGAGUCAUUGAAAGAAGGAAACUUAAAACUGACAUUAAACCCAAUGACAGAUGAGUUUCUGUUUCAAGACAAGAAGAACCAUACUGUCUGUAUAAAUCCAACAAAAGGAACUUUAAACGAGAAACCUAUAAAUGAACUUCUUUUGAAAGCAGAUGUUGACAACAAAGCUGACAAAGAAUAUGUAGACGAUGCAAUAGCAAAAGAAGAAGAAAGAGCUAACAAAGCUUAUGCAACAAAAGAACAUACUCAUCCUGAACUAGCAGACAAAACAUAUGUUGACAAUAAAAUGUCAAGUGAAGUGACAAGAGCUGAAAACAAAUAUUCUAAAAAGACUCAUACACAUUCUAUAUCUGAAAUAACAGACUUAAACGUCAGCCUUGAAAAGAAAGCGGAUGAGGAAUAUGUGGCUAGUAAGUUAGAGAAGAAAGCAGAUAAGGAAUAUGUGGAUGAAAAAGAUAACGAAAUGAAAGAAAGGGUUGACUGGUACCAUGAAUGGACAUCGAAGAUUUUAAAAACUAAAGCCGAUACAGGAUGGGUUUCAGGAUGUUUAGACCUUAAAGCAGAUAAAACUUAUGUUAACGAUGAGUUAGAGAAGAAAGCAGAUAAGAACCAUACACAUACAAGUUUUACAACUGUUGCUAUAGAAAGUAUUGAAGGAACGGUUGAAGAAACUGGUGGGGAUGCAUUAUAUUGUAAACCUCCUAACUUUCCACAAGGUUUAACAUCGGAUGACGACAUAACGACGAUGAAAAACAUUAGAUGUAAAGAUGUUUAUGUCAUGAAGGAUGAACAUAAUAUUAAAUUCACUGCUCAAGAUUUAUAUGACAAGAAAGCAGACAAAACAGAGCUUCAAACAUUAAAGACAGAAAUACUUCAAACAUUAUAUCCUAUAGGCUCUAUUUAUACGUCAAUGAACUCUACCAGACCAGAAACAGUUCUGGGUUUUGGAACUUGGACUCAAAUAGUCGACAGGUUUUUGUAUUGUGCAAACUCUUCAAAGGAAACAGGUGGAAGUAAAACGAUUUCAGGUGAAAAUUUACCUGCACACAGUCACUACAUAGAUUUAAGUACAUCUCAAGCAGGUUGGCAUAAGCAUAGAUAUUGGGAUUGGUCAGCAAUGACAAAAGGUAAAGGAUAUGAUGUUAAAGACAACGUUAAGUUUGCUAUAAAUUGUUACUGGAGUAACACUGAGGGAGGAGGAAACCAUACACAUCGCGUUUCAGGAUAUACGCAAACAACGGGACAAAGUAAAGACUACAUGCCACCUUACAUGACAGUUUACGCAUG